AUGUAGCACAGUGAGUGUUGGAGUGGGAGUGGUGGUGGUGGCAGCAUCAAAUAGAAAUAGAAAUAGUUAAAGAGAAUGAUGAAUCAAGAUUCAUCUUCUGUCCUCCAUCUUCGCUCCCUUGUCUCGCGCUUCGCCAUUAUAUUACUCUCUCACUCUAUCAAAAGAACCCUAACUACCUCCACUCUCACUCACUCUUUUUCACAUUUUCACACCCACCCACCGAAAGUAGAUUUUUUACUACAAGGAAAAACUACAUUCUUGCUCCCACUACUUCCUUUAUGCUUGUGCUGAAUGCAGGGAUAGAUGCCCUGCAUUUCUUGAUCUUUGCUUUUUCCUGGAAAAUACAGCCAGAUUUCUUGUUCAACAAGUGGCAUAUUGGUGUUUGGUUGUUUUCUUGGAUCAAUAUUAGGUCUUGCAACAGUGUGAGAAGUUUGAAGAGAACUGGCUAAAAUGAGGAAUAUAGUAUCGACUGGUCCUUUGAUGGUCCUAGUUCUAUUCAGCGUUUUGCUUUUUGGGAAAGCAGAAAUUUACAUUGUGACACUUGAAGGUGAGCCUGUGGUAAGUUACAAAGGUGGUAUCGAAGGGUUUGAAGCCACUGCUGUGGAGCACGACUCUGAUGAAAAGAUUGAUAUGACGAGUGAAUUGGUGCUAUCCUAUGCGCACCAUCUGGAAAAGAGACAUGAUAUGCUUCUUGCCAUGCUGUUUGAUGAAGGCACCUACAAGAAACUUUAUAGCUACCGUCAUCUCAUAAAUGGAUUUGCAGUUCACAUUUCACCUGAGCAGGCAGAAAUACUUGGGCGAGCACCUGGUGUGAAGUCUGUGGAGAGAGAUUGGAAAGUGAGGAAACUCACAACCCACACUCCACAAUUUUUGGGACUACCAACUGGAGUAUGGCCUACUGGAGGCGGCUUUGAUCGCGCUGGAGAGGAUAUUGUUAUAGGGUUUGUGGAUUCAGGAAUUUAUCCUCAUCACCCGAGCUUUGCUACCCACAAUACAGAUCCUUACGGACCGGUCCCAAAGUAUAGAGGUAAAUGUGAGGUUGACCCAGACACCAAGAGGGACUUUUGCAAUGGAAAGAUUGUUGGAGCUCAACAUUUUGCAGAAGCUGCUAAAGCUGCUGGUGCGUUUAAUCCAGAUAUUGAUUUUGAUUCUCCCCUUGAUGGUGAUGGACAUGGAAGUCACACAGCAGCUAUUGCAGCAGGAAAUAAUGGGGUUCCAGUGAGGCUGUGUGGAAUUGAAUUCGGCAAAGCAAGUGGAAUGGCACCUCGAGCUAGAAUUGCUGUUUACAAAGCGCUGUACAGAAUAUUUGGUGGAUUUGUCGCAGAUGUUGUUGCCGCUAUCGAUCAGGCUGUUCAUGAUGGCGUGGAUAUUUUGAAUUUGUCGGUGGGUCCGAACAGUCCUCCAGCUACUACGAAGACCACGUUCUUAAACCCUUUUGAUGCUACCCUUCUUUCAGCUGUAAAAGCGGGAGUUUUUGUUGUACAAGCAGCUGGAAAUGGAGGUCCUUUUCCCAAAACUGUGCUCUCUUACAGUCCCUGGAUAGCAUCUGUAGCCGCUGCAGUUGAUGAUAGGAGAUACAAAAACCAUCUCACCUUGGGGAAUGGGAAUAUUUUAGCUGGAAUUGGUUUGUCGCCGGCGACGCAUGGAAAUAAAACAUUCACCCUGGUUGCAGCUAAUGAUGUGCUGCUGGAUUCCUCAGUUGCCAAGUAUAGUCCUUCCGACUGCCAGAGGCCUGAAGUCUUGAACAAAAAUUUGGUGGAGGGGAAUAUUCUUCUUUGUGGAUAUUCUUUUAAUUUCGUUGUUGGUACUGCUUCAAUCAAGCGAGUCUCAGAUACUGCUAAGGCUCUUGGUGCAGUUGGCUUUGUCCUGGCGGUCGAAAAUGCUUCUCCAGGAACAAAAUUCGAUCCUGUUCCUGUUAGCACUCCUGGGAUCCUCAUCACAGAUGUUAGCAAGUCCAUGGAACUUAUAGACUACUACAAUGUCUCUACACCAAGAGAUUGGACCGGACGAGUUAAAAGCUUUAAGGCUGUGGGAAGCAUUGGGGAAGGUCUGAAGCCUAUACUCCACAAAUCUGCCCCACAAGUAGCAUUGUUCUCUGCUCGAGGACCUAAUAUCAAGGAUUACAGUUUUCGAGAUGCGGAUCUCUUGAAACCAGAUAUUCUAGCUCCUGGCUCUUUAAUUUGGGCGGCUUGGGCUCCUAACGGGACAGAUGAGCCAAAUUAUGUUGGUGAAGGAUUCGCAAUGAUAUCUGGAACUAGCAUGGCUACCCCACAUAUAGCAGGAAUAGCUGCUCUUGUGAAGCAGAAAAACCCUCACUGGAGUCCUGCUGCUAUCAAAUCAGCUUUGAUGACUACAUCAACAACUCUCGACAGGGCAGAGAGACCACUUCAAGCCCAACAGUAUUCUGGAUCCGAGACUAUGUCUCUAGUCCCUGCCACGCCGUUUGAUUAUGGGAGUGGCCAUGUCAAUCCCAGAGCUGCUCUAGAUCCGGGGCUGAUUUUUGAUGCAGGAUAUGAAGAUUACUUGGGGUUCUUAUGCACUACACCUGGAAUUGAUGCUCUUGAGAUUAAAAACUACACACAUACCCCGUGCAAUUACACUCUUGGUCAUCCAUCAAAUCUCAACACCCCCUCAGUCACGAUCUCACAUCUCGUGGGAACUCAAACAGUUACACGCACUGUAACAAACGUAGCUGAAGAAGAAACCUAUACCAUCACAGCAAGAAUGGCACCAGCAGUAGCCAUCGAAACCAGUCCUCCAGCAAUGACUCUAAAACCUGGUAUGUCCAGGAAAUUCUCCGUUACUCUCACAGCUCGAUCAGUAACUGGAACCUACAGCUUUGGCGAGGUUUUGCUGAAAGGGAGUAGAGGGCAUAAAGUCAGGAUCCCAGUUGUGGCAAUGAGCUAUUAUAAAUAGGACGGUCUUUCGGUAAUAUUCUUUGGGUCCAUGUGAAAUAAGACGCAUAAGAUUCGAUGUAUUUUGUAUAUGAAAGAUAUGUAAAGCUAAGUAGCAUGAAGAGGAGAUGCUUAGUUUCUUCUGAUUCUAUAAGUUUUGACUAUAGCUGUUGUAAUGAUAUGGUGGAAUUACUUGUAUUCCCCGUCAUAUUGUAAGAAUAUAACCUUGCUUUGGAGAAGGUUGGUAGGUUUCGACAUCCGUUGUGCUGUAUUUUUCACUGCUCAUAUAAUGACGAUUUAUAGUAGCUGAUAUUCUUA